AUGAGAAACCUCUUUCGAACGUGGCAACGCAGUCGGCUCGGCCGUUCUGCCACCCGAGAUCUUUUCUCCCCCACUGCAGGACGCUGGCUUUGGAACGAGCCUCGCCAGCGUCAAGAGCACACUCAGACAUUCGACCUGAAGGCUCUAGAAGAUGUCAUUAUCAAAGCAGCGGGAUCAGCACUGGAUCCCGCAUUCGUUCGGCUCGAGAAGCUUGCCGAAGGCGCAUCCAACAAAGUCUUUUUGGCUGUUGUUGGCAAACAGCGAUUGAUAGUCAAAAUUCCUGAUCCGGUCGUUCCACCGCGCUUGGUCACGGCAAGCGAAGCGGCUACACUCGAAUUCUUGCGGUCUGAGCUGGACUUGCCAGUUCCCAAGGUGUUUGCAUGGAGCGAUAGCAGCGACAACCCAGUCGGCUGCGAAUACAUUCUCAUGGAGGAGGCUCAAGGGCGACCCUUGAAUGCCAUAUGGCCCAGCCUCGACAUUCCAGACAAGCUCGCUGUUGUCGAUGAAGUGCUGUCAAUACAAAAGCGACUCAUCGCAGCCAGCAAUGUCUUCGACGGAUAUGGGAGCCUGUAUUUUGCCGACGAUGUUGCAAAGCUUGGAAUCUCGCACCACUUGCCAGUAUCAUCAGCUGGAGGUCGGAAAUAUUGCAUCGGCCCACUGGCAAACCAACAUUUCGUUGAACCGGUGCUCAUGGCCUCGGGGGUGGAUUGUGGUCCUUGGCGAAGUUCACAAGACUAUCUCACUUCCAUCGCACGCUCUUCCAUGGCGCAGAUUGUGACAUCCAAAGACCAAGACACGACCGCCAGCCGAGCGUUCUCCUUCCCAGUCAACACAGCAAGCGACACAUCGGCCACUGCCGUGUGUAAUAUGCUUCAGACACUUUGUACUGUGAUGCCGUAUAUUCUUCCCCGCACUGUGAAGCAAAACCAGCCGGUGCUGUGGCAUAAAGAUCUACACUUUGGGAACUUGUUUGUCUCCGCGCUGGGCAAAGUCUCUUGCAUUGUUGACUGGCAAGGUACGGACAUCCUGCCGUUAUUUCUAGCGGCACGAAUCCCUCAAUUUAUCCAACUGGAAGAUGACGCACUUCUUCUGGAGCUCCCGGAGGACUUCUCAAUUAUGCCCUCAGCGACAAAGCUUCGAAUUUGGGAAAGGUAUCGCCAGUCCAUGCUUCAGCAGUAUUAUCUUGCCGAUCUAAGAGAAAGUGCGCCCGAACUUGCAGCCUUACUCGAAGACAGACAUUUAGCGCCUAUUCGAAAGCAGGUAGAGUUGUUUGGGAGAGUACGGCCCGGGCAAGAUACCGAUGCCCUUUUCCUACGGGAGACAUUACUCCGAAUCCAGCGACAUUGGCCUGACUUCUUUUUUGAGGAAGGGAUCUCUCCACAAUGCCCAAUCAAGAUUGCCGGUGACGAGUUAAUAAAUCACCAGAGAGAUGGACGACGUUACAAUGAGUUUCAAGACCUCCUCAAGGCCUGCAACAUACCUGUCGCUGAAGAGGGUUGGGUCCCAGCUGAUCAGUUCGCGGAGCGACACAAUGACCUCACGAUUGCGAUAAGGAAAACCAUCGAGUCUUUGGAGAGUCAAGCAGAGCGGCUCGAGUUUGAGAACAGACUUUAUCAUUGGAACUUGACUGAUUGCCCAGCUACAUGA